AUGAUGAAGUCCAACGUCGAUGCCGACGCCGCCGCGAUGAGUCCCUACCACGGCAACGGCAUGAUGGCGCCUGCCAUGAACACGAACGAGCCAAUGCAAGUGGUGUACAACCGCACACAGAAGCGCGUGCCGGUGUUCCGCGACAGCCUGAUUGUGUACGAGCAGCAGAUGGUGCAGGUGAUGGAGGAGCUGCGCACGCUGACGAUGGACGUGAAUGCGCUUCGGGCGCAUUACGAAGAGGCGCUCCAGGAGAAACUGUACAUUGAGAACCUCGCCGCACAGGCGGAGAAGCGCGUGCAGGACGUGAAGGAAAUCGUGGACCGCUACGUUGGUGUCAAGGACGCCGUGGUAGCCAGCGACGGCUUCACGUAUGAGCGGGAGACGAUCUCCUCGUAUAUCGAAGGCUGCAAAGAGGCUGGCGGCACGCCGACGUCGUACCAGACAGAGAAGCCGCUGACCUCGCUCCUGAUUCCAAACCGCUCGCUCAAGACGUUGGUGGAUCGCUUGGUGACGCUGCAGAAGGCGGAGCCGACGCCGUCGGCGCCGGCCGACCGCAACCCAGUGCAGCACCACUCGAAGUCAAUGACGGCGGGUCGCGCAGGAAACGUCUCUGUCAACCAACACGAAGGCCAGCGGCGCAACAUGCACGGCGGCGGAAAGGACAGCUCCGGCCCGGUGGAGCUGAACGCCAAGGGGGAACGAGUGCACCCGUGCAUUCGUGUGUACGGGUACUGCAACUACAACGAGAGUUGCGCGUACGCGAAGUAUCCGUACGAUGCGUGCUUGUCGAAUCUCAAGAACAAGUGCCGCUUCAAGAACCAGUGCCACGAGCGCCACGUCGAGUUCCGCGGCCCACUGGACGACUACGGUAACUGCGCCUCCACUAACCAGGGGCCUAACCAAGAGAACAAUGCGUCCGAGUCCAUGGGGGAGGCGAACAAGUAG